CAGCGCACGGUGUAGACACGCGCGCCAAAGCUUCCAUCCCUUUCCAUGCGUUCUUAAACUGCGGACUGCGCUCUCUGCUUAAAAUUGGAAAUUAUUGCUGUUCGUGAAAUAAACGUUUUAUUGACUACAUUUUAUUCAGUUAAUAGUAUUCAAUUAUGAUUAGAGCUUUUUGUCACAAGUCGAGAAGCUGACGACUCAUGGGGAUAUAGAAACGUAACAUGGUUUUAGGACCCGGCGUUUACACUUGGAAAUGGGUGUUUUUGUAUUCAUGAGCAUAUAAAUCUGAGCUUGGAAGGCCAGAUGGCGAUGAUGGAGGAGGUCAACAUUAAUGAGAGGGACAGCAUGCCAAAGCGGAUUGCUCUCAUCUGCUUUUUAUCUCUGGUCAUGCUGAUGACUGUUUUGGGAAACCUCCUUGUCAUGGUAGCCGUCUGCAAGGACAGACGGCUUAGAAAAAUCAAGACCAACUACUUCAUAGUGUCGUUGGCGUUUGCCGACCUGCUGGUCUCAGUCCUGGUGAUGCCGUUUGGUGCCAUCGAGCUGAUCCAUCAGAACUGGAUUUACGGAGAGACGUUCUGUCUAGUUCGAACCUCACUGGAUGUUCUCCUGACUACCGCCUCUAUCAUGCACCUCUGCUGCAUCGCCCUGGACAGGUAUUAUGCCAUUUGCUGUCAGCCCCUUGUCUACGGAAACAAAAUGACACCACUGAGAGUGGCUCUGAUGAUGAGUGGAUGUUGGGUGAUUCCCGCUGUUAUAUCCUUCCUGCCUAUCAUGCAGGGAUGGAACAGUAUUGGAAUAGACCACUUGAUAGAGGCGAGGCAACAAAGCAGCGAGGGCAGUAACUCAACGCUGUGCGUCUUCAUGGUCAACAAACCGUACGCCCUCACCUGCUCUCUGGUAGCCUUUUACAUCCCGCUGGGCCUCAUGGUCUUGGCCUACCAGCGCAUAUAUGUCACUGCUCGUGCUCAUGCACGCCAGAUCAGCAUGCUCCAGAGGGCGGGGGGUGCCAAUGCCUCGGACAGCGCUGACAACCAGCGCAACCAUCGCAUGCGGACGGAAACCAAGGCAGCCAAGACUCUUUGUAUUAUUAUGGGCUGUUUCUGCUUGUGCUGGGCACCGUUUUUCAUCAUCAACGUGGUGGAUCCAUUCAUAGACUACAGCGUGCCAGAUAAACUGUGGGCAGCAUGUCUGUGGCUGGGAUACAUCAACUCCAUGCUCAAUCCCAUCCUCUACGCCUUCCUCAACAAGUCCUUCAGACGUGCCUUCCUCAUCAUUCUCUGCUGUGGCAGGAAGCGAUACAGGAGACCCUCCAUCUUAGGCCCUGGAACCCCCUGCACUGCUACGCAGGUCAACGGAUCCACUCAUGUACUCAAGUAUUCCGCCCUGCACAACGGGAACAAUACUGAACCAGAGAAACCUUCUCUACAAAACGACACUGAGUCACAGGAGUCCUGCUUCUGACAGCGACUGACUACAAUUCUCCUAGAACAAGAUAAUGCUUCAGGAUCAAAACUUCAGACUGCCUGCACUUAUUUUCCAGGUCUGCCAGUUGUGGGAAUGAAAGGCUAUGGCACAGCAAGCUGAAGAUCAUCUGGAUUGUAAUCCAAAACAGCAAAAACAGAUUUUAGUAUUGGCUUUGUCAGAAUAGUUGAGUCAAAAAAAGCUACUUGAUAUUGUAUUAUCAUUUACUUCUUUGAACCUCUCCUUUACAUUACUUUGAGGGAGUAACUACUUUCUUAAUUGUUCCCUAUAGUUCCCUUUUUCCCCCUUCGGAAAGCAAAUUCUAAUGGUGAUGAAAUUUAUAACAAUGUCACUAAGUAAUCCUUUCAAUAGGGUAUACUGAUCAAGGUUGUAAAGCUCCACAACAUUAAUGCACUUACUCUAUUGACAUGGAAGUGUUUGUUUGAAAUGUUGACGUGGAUUUAUUUUCUUUUUUUUAUUCCAGCACAUUGCCCUGUCCUCUAUACCUAGCAGAAUACCCUGUAACUCAUUUUUGAGGUUUUGCACAACUUUCAAAAGCAGAAUGUUGAAGGUAAUUUAUUUCUUUUUAAUUAUUUUGUGUCGUUAUAAUCAGUCAUUGCCCAAUAUUGGAGGUCAAUAUAAGCUUCAACACACUAAUUGAACAAUUCCAUGACCAUCACUUCGUUCUGACUAGUAAAAAAAUCAGUUGUCACCAGUUCAUUCAUAUUAAAAUUGGGCAUUAUAUUAUGCCUAUCACUGAUAUUGUGCUUCCAUUGUGUGUGUGGUUGGAAAUGAUCUCAUGUAGGAUUGUGCGAUGUAUUUGUGUGAAUAGUGGACCAUGUGUGAACACUGCCUAUGUCACACCAACAAUGUCACACAUUUGAUCAUUUAUGCUUUGGGUAAAUGUUAUAUUGCUUGGGUAAGGAUGUGUCUUGUCCAAAGUUGCAUCCCAUUUGUUCUUAAAACAUCUCUUGCCUUGAUAACCAUGUGCCAGAAUGUAGUAUAAAGGCGUUUCUCAGCCAUUUAUAUUUAUGAAUAUGUAUUAUAGAUCUUCUUUAAAUGUGGGUCACAGCACAUUAGGCCAGAUCCUACCUAUACAGUACUCCGUCAAUGUAAACAAUGGCUUUUUCUCAUUAAGUGUUUUUUUGGGCAUACUCUGAACAAAACAUCUUAUGAUUUCAUAAGAAGCCCAAAAGGAUUCUUAUCAUUCCAGUAUGUAAAAAAAGCAUGAUUUUGACACUUAAUGAUGGUGCUUCCUUCAGUGUUAACCCAAUUGAUCAAGAGUACUUUUGUACCUAAAGAAAGUAUUUAUAACUACAUGAUCAUAAAAGUGCUAUCAUGUACACACCUUUCCCAAUUUUGUGUCAGAUAUGGCUAGUUCAGUCAAGAAACUAAUGUAUUAGAUUGAGCAUUUAUUGAUAACCAUGACAUGGACAUAGAUCUGACUUUGGCGGAGUGGAUGAUCUAAGGGAAGCACUCCCUGCCUCCUCGAUGCUACGCAUGCAUACAUGAAAUAUGAGGCAGGAAGCAAUAGAGAUUUAAUCCCCCUGAACGAUAGAACAUACUGACAGCAUGGGGGAGAAGGGGAUGGUGGAGGGUGGCAGCAGCACUGAUCAUACAGAAACCGGGGUUGAAUGUGUGCGUAUCCGCGCUGCUUUUUAAUGCCUCCUUAUCGGACGUAGUCCAAUGGGCUUGUGCUGGCUAACACAGGUGUAGUAAUUAGUGGAUGACGCGCGUUGCCCGAGUCCCAUGCCUGAACUAGCUCCGCUCAUGAAUGGUGGGACAAAGUUCUUUAAGUUAAAACAGUUUUUUCCCUUGGAUGGUUGCAAACAUUACGAAGCCAAUAGCUUUAAUGCUCUCAUCCUCACCCAACCAGCACACAUGGGGGGGGGGGGGGGGGGGCAUUAGUUUUUCCUAUUACAAAUAAUGUCUUUGCAGACCUAUAAACCAAUUAGUGCUUGCUUAAAAAUACAUUACACAAUUUUCAUAUUCUGAAACUAGGAGAUGCUACAAAACUAUGCAAAACAUCUCCAAAAUAUUAAUGUUCCUGGAAUGUUGUCUGCACAAAAUUAAACCAUGACAGAAACCUUAGUUUGGAAAUGGGGAAACAGAAUGAGAUAAUAAUAAUAAUAAAUAAAACAAAAAAAAUCAACAUUUACAUUAUAAUUGUCCCACAAUGUUGUGGCACAAAGUAUUAAGAAGAUGUUUCCCCAUUGAAUUGGGUAUGAUCUUUUGGUUUGACUUGUAAUAUGCAGCAUUGUAAUGAAGAUGGAAACUGGAAGAAAACAACAAUGUCAAAACAGUUGUUUCUCCUGGAUCUUCCCUUAGAUGUGAUAGGAAAAUAAGAGAGAGGAAUAGAAACCAGCACGGACGUGGUUCACACUUACAGCCAACAUAGGACAUAAUAGUUUAAUACUAGUUUGCUACACCUUAAUGACCUGCAGUAAUUUAGUCAACAAAGUAUUCCAUGCUGUCCUAAUGUCAUUCAGAUGAGAUUCUGGCCCAUGACUGGAUAUUCAUAGAGAGAUCCUGGGUCAUAGAAUUCAUUACAAUUUUUUUUGCUAAAUACUAAGCAUGACUCAUUGUAUUAUUUGGGUUGAUUGAUGACAAAAAGAUCCAUUUUAAAUUGAAAGUGAAGGUAGCUAAGUAUGUAAAAUGAACAACGUUGACAGGACUAUUGACCUAUUAGUAAAAUGUGCUUUCUUCUCUGAAGGCAAACAUCUCAGGCCACACCUAAUUUCUGUGAAAUCUCCGCCUCUCUCCACACAUGCAACUUGCCUUGGAGAGUUUAUUACAGUACAAAUGUGAUUUAUGAAUUGCAGACUACAUGAAAGACAAUCAGAUAACAAUGAAGAAACACUGUUAUGAAGAGGCAUUUGUCGACACUCUUUUUCACUCAUGCACAAUUGCACACCCACACACAGACACAAAACAUGCGCACACACACACACACAAAACAUGCACACACAAACAGCGUUGGUCCAUAAAAAGCCUAUUUAUAGAAUGGUUUAGUACAAAAAUUAUAUAUAUUUUCCUACAAUAGACAGAAAAAUGUACUUGGAGUGCAUCAAUGCUCUUAUUUUCACCUAUAUGAGACCUUUUAUUGUCGUUUCCACGUUACCUUACUUUCCAACUCUGACCUCUCAUUACUGAAGCACUAGCACUUUUUUAACUUUGAAGAUUAGUCCAUGUCAUUUUCAAUACAUAAUGAUGAUUCUUUUCCCUUCUUUUCCAUUUUUAGGAUUACUUCCUCAACAUAAAAUCAUAAAAAUAUUCAGUACGAUGCCAUAAAUCAAUUUACCUUUUUAAUUGUAUGUGAUUGUAUUAUUAUUUACAGUACAAUUACUUAAUUCAGUUAUUAAUUUUAAUGUUCCACACAGCUUCUUAGGCCUACAUACAAGCCAUGCAAACUAACAUGUUGUGGAUGAAACUAUCUUGAAAGUGAAUCAGUCUUUUGGUCUUUUUGGUGCAUAAAAAAUAUGUGACGCCUGUUCUCCUAGGAUUAUAAAUCGUAUACAAUGGUAUAUUCUUCUGCAACGUUUUUGUAAUAUGAAUCUGUGCCUCUUCAGUGGUCUUAAUUGAAUAAUUGUGUAAACUAAUUUAUUUUCUUCUAAUCUUUUGGUAGCAUCACCCCUCCAGCAAAGUAUCAAGAUGAAGGAUGAUUGUUUAUAAAUGAUCAAAAAUGAUAAGUCUCAUACUGUAAAGCAGUUACCAGUGCUCCCCUUUCCAUAUUCAUUCCCUUAGCUUAGUAAACAUGCUUUUGCUAGACUUAGAUCACACCACCGUGCAACAGUACACAUUCCAACUGUCACCUUUGCAGCACAAUCAAAUGUAUAGACAAAAAUGUGUUUUCAAAGGGUUACAGUAAAUGAGUAAAACUGAAGUUACAUCAUGUAGCACAAACACUAUAAAUUUGCUAAAUGCACACGAUACAGAAGCACCUAGUUACAACACAGAAGCACAAUCAACAAAUAUUCUUAGAACUUGUUGAUGGGGAUUUUCCAAUUCUGCAUAAACUUAAAUCCAUGACAUUUCAUAGUAAACUUGCUCAGUAUAAUACUGUACAGUAUGGCAUUCACUUCUCUUUCCAGAUUUCAGCAAAAAUGAAAGUUUGAAUUCAGUCUAAACUUUGCCUCCUAAACCUUUUUAAUAAAUUGGAUCCUAUUGAGUUGUAGUCAGACCAUACCUGUCGUUUUGACUUCACCUGGGCUGUCAACCCUGCAUUGUUUAAUUCUCCUGACACAUGAGCUCAGUUUUCAGUGGAAAUGUGUAACAAUACACAGCAUAAAUCACAACCCAACAAACCAUUAAAAACUUUUGUAAACUCCUCAGUAUUUACUGUAUUCUAAAAUGAGUAAGAUAUGCAUGCAUCUUGUCAUGUAAAAAAAUGCUUUUUAUUCAGGGAGCCAUGUGUAUUAAAUUUUCUGUUGCUAUGUGACAGCUCUGACGAAUGAAUAAAUAUAAAGAAAUAUUGAUAA